ACUUUCUGCUGGCCAAUGCCCAAGUCCAACAUGGCUACCCUAUUGUCUACUGCUCCGAUGGCUUCUGUGAUCUCACAGGUUUUGGCCGCACCGAGGUCAUGCAGAAGAAUUGCAAGUGCCGUUUUCUGUAUGGGGUGGAGACCAGUGAUACCGUCUUGCAAGGCAUUGAGAGGGCUCUGGAGGAGAAGCAGGAAUACCAGGCUGAGGUGUGCUUCUACAAGAAAGAUGGAGAUCUCUUCUGGUGCCUGCUGGACAUUGUGCCCAUCAAAAAUGAGAAAGGGGAGGUAGUGCUGUUUCUUUUCUCAUUUAAAGACACCACUGAGUACAGGAUGAGAGCCCUUCACACUGAUAAGAAAGAUGGGGCGGAGGAUAAACAGAAGAACCGUCGUUCUUCUCACUUUAGCUCGACAAGAAGACAGAGCCGGACCAUGCUGUGCCACCUUACUGGCCAAGUCUCUGGGCGAAACAAGAGUGACAUUAAACUUAACAAUAAAAGAUUGAGAGCAGGAUCUCAAUUUUCUGGGGAGCACAACCACUCAAACUUUAUUAUUGACAAAAUAUAUAACCUUUUAGAUAACAAGCCUUCUCUUCCUGAAUACAAAGUAGCUUCUGUCCAGAAACCUCGCUUCAUCCUUCUUCAUUACAGCAUCUUCAAAGCCCUCUGGGACUGGCUUAUCCUCUUGGCCACCUUUUAUGUGGCUGUCACUGUCCCUUACAAUGUCUGCUUCACGGGCCACGAUGACAGCGUGUCUGCAGCACGGAGCACUAUUGUCAGUGACAUUCUUGUGGAAAUGCUAUUUAUUUUAGAUAUAAUUUUAAAUUUCCGGACUACAUAUGUUAGCCAAUCUGGACAAGUGGUGUAUGAUCCACGCUCUAUCUGUAUCCACUACCUCGCCACAUGGUUCUUUGUGGACCUUAUUGCUGCUUUGCCCUUUGAUCUUCUCUAUGCAUUCAACGUCACAGUGACGUCUCUGGUACAUUUACUGAAGACAGUUCGAUUAUUGAGGCUACUGAGGUUAUUGCAGAAGCUGGACCGCUAUUCUCAGUACAGUGCCAUGGUGCUAACUCUUCUGAUGUCCAUGUUUGCUCUUCUGGCUCACUGGAUGGCCUGUGUCUGGUUUGUUAUUGGCCGCAAAGAGAUGGAGAGUAAUGACCCUGCCACCUGGGACAUAGGCUGGCUUCAUGAACUUGGAAAGCGACUCGAAGUACCCUACAUCAAUAAUUCUGUUGGUGGACCCUCUAUUCGCAGUGCUUAUAUAGCAUCCCUCUACUUUACCCUCAGCAGCUUGACCAGCGUGGGCUUUGGUAAUGUCUGUGCAAAUACAGAUGCAGAGAAGAUCUUCUCCAUCUGCACUAUGUUAAUAGGAGCUCUGAUGCAUGCUGUAGUUUUUGGUAAUGUAACAGCCAUAAUUCAACGUAUGUACUCCCGACGUUCUCUGUAUCACACCCGCAUGAAGGACCUCAAAGAUUUUAUUCGUGUUCAUCGCCUUCCUCAACAGCUCAAACAGCGUACAUUGGAGUAUUUUCAGACCACAUGGUCUGUCAACAAUGGUAUUGAUGCCAAUGAGCUACUGAAGGAUUUUCCAGAUGAGUUACGUGCGGAUAUAGCAAUGCACCUCAAUAAGGACAUCCUGCAACUCCCUGUGUUUGAGCCAGCCAGCCGCGGGUGCCUUCGGGCGCUCUCCCUGCACAUCAAGACCUCCUUCUGUGCUCCUGGAGAAUACCUCCUGCGCCAAGGGGAUGCUUUGCAAGCCAAUUAUUAUGUGUGUUCUGGCUCAAUGGAAGUUUUGAAGGACAAUAUGGUGUUGGCGAUUCUGGGUAAAGGUGAUCUUAUUGGUGCUGACCUCACCAGCAAAGAACAGGUGAUUAAAACAAAUGCCGAUGUGAAAGCGCUAACAUACUGUGACCUGCAGUACCUUACUCUACGAGGGCUUCUGGAAGUACUGGAACUGUACCCCGAGUAUUCCAGCAAAUUCAUGGCAGACAUCCACCAUGACUUGACGUUUAAUCUACGGGAAGGCAGUGAGACAGAUGGCUGCUACAGGUUUUGUCGUUCACCACGACUAUCACAGCCACGCCCAGAAUCUGGUACUACCCCUGAUAAGAAGUUAUCAUCUAUCCUAGAAGAUAAAGAUGAGACGGAUGACUUUUUCCGGCACUCUCCAGCCACUAUGACACGUAGAAAACUCUUGCUACCAAAUCUUAACAGUCCUGUGCGCCGUGGCUCUCUCAGCAGCCUCCUGGGAGAUGAUUUGAGACAGUUUUCUGCUUUCCGGCUUAAUUGCCGGUCUCCAGCCCGGAACAGUCGAGGAAGAAGCCCCUCUCCCCAGUGUCACAAGGAAGAAAGGGUGUCUGAGUCAGAAAAUGGAAGCUCCCGAAAGCCAGCCAAACUCCUUAUCCCAUCACUCAACACAUAUGGUCCACCAGAUCUCAGUCCUCGAGUGGUGGAUGGAAUUGAGGAUAAUGGAGAUAUCUCUGAAAGCCAAACUUUUCAGUUCAACAUGGACAACUCAAGGGCAAGGUCUCCAGUCAGGCAGUCUCCUGUAGCAGGUAUAAGCCUGGUUAACCCAAUCUUAGCAGCUGAAGCUGAGGAGAUCAAGCAGAAUAUAUGCAGGCUAAAUCAGGAGAUCAACAGUCUUAACCAGGAAGUUUCCCAACUUAGCAAGGAGCUGCAGCACAUGAUGCGCUUAUUACAAGCCUUACUAGCUUCCCAACAGUACAACCCACCACUAGCUUGUCCCUACACAGUCCAAGUCGUUUCCACCCCUCCUGCAAGCCAUAUGAGCUGUAAUGAACAACAGCCAAGGCCCAGCUAUCCUAUGCCACACUCGCUUCAUCUGGUGCAGGAAUCCUCAAUGCCCAGGAACCUUGGACAUGGAUCCAUGGCUUCAGACAUUCCUUACAACCAAGUCCAUUUUACAAGGGUUUCACCAGAUGCCUGCUCACGUCCUGCAGACUCUGAGUCCUUUCAUCCAGUGAGGGACUGCUGCUACAUUCCCUCUAACACCAUGUGUUCUCCUGGGACACCAUUAUCACAUGGGGAAAUGGAAAGGAUGAGGAUACAACAACAGACUGAAGAGGCUAAUACAAGCCCUAAGACUACUUAUGGUUCACCAGUCUCUGGACCUCCAGGCACAGGCCGGCCAGCUUACACUAUGACUUCUCUAAGUUCUGUCCAGUCUUUUACUACUAUUCAGAAUAAUCCAACUCAAUCAACAUCUAGCAGGGACCCGAAAACACAAACUUGAGUGCACCAAUAACAUACAGAUGAUUAGAGACAUUUCUUAUCCUAAACUUGCUGCUUUAUGGCACCCAUGGAAACCAGAGGAACACAUGUCAAAAAUGUACUUUAAGCAAGCACAAGAAGCCAAACACUAUUUAAAGUGUAUAUUCUUAAUAGCUAGAUGCAUGUUUAUCCUUAUACUUAGCAAGUUACCUGAACUACAGAGAAUGCUUGAUGGAAGGUUUACAUGCUCUAGUGGAAGAUGAGAGGCCUUUUUAUAACCAAUGUGGAAGGUCAUUGGUUUAGUAUAGUUUAUACAGGCUUAAAACAGCUGUAUAAAUGUCCUUCAGAUACUCUGCUUCCAGACAGCCACAUUCUUUUUGAAUAUUGCCCAGCGCUCCAAUGUGUUUACCUUGUUCAGGACAGAUGAGUAAAUCUCAAGGUCCCAAUUAUUUUAUAGCACACAGAGUUUUCUAGUCUACUAUUCACAUCUAGCAUUAUGUAAAAUAUUUUUUUAACCAUGUUUUAGAUUUUACUGGCUUCUAUCUAAACUGCUUAUUGAAACAGGCAUUUAUUUGUCAAGUACCUUUUUCCAUGAAUUGCUGGCAUAUAAUUGAGAAAUCAAAUAAAUUGCUGGCUUUCAUAUCUGCCAGGUAUCCAGUUAUCAGGAUAUCUCCACCACCUGCGAGAGAGUGAUACUUUUGUUGUGUUCUUGUGGGUGAAACUAGAGGCACAUAUUACUGCAGAUCUUAAGCCUCGUACACACGAUCAGUUUUCCAGACGGG